CAGGAAGUGAGUUGGGAGGCAGGUACCAGGCAUAAGCUCACAUGUCCAUCAUGAUGAGAAAGAAGGUCAGCGGCAUGAUGAAUACGACCGCGUUGAAGAUCUCGUCAGCAAGUGGGAGUCGUUCGACAUCGUCCGUAGUCUCCCCAGGUUUUCGUGUAUCAGAUAUCUUCCUGAGAACACCGGUUUGUUCUAUCAAGCGCCACUGUUCGUCUUCGGAUAUCUCCACUAAAGGUUUCUGCUCGGGUGUUGUCUCUGUUGUCUGACGCUUCCUAGCCAUUGGUCGUGAAUUUGAGUUAUGUUCCAAUUUCCAAAGUCCCGCCACGAAGUCAUGGAUGUCUUGCCGCCGGAAUUACCAGUUAAGGUUUUGCAAUGCAAAGCCUUCCCACAAGCCUUCCUGACAGUCGAUGAUGGGAGACGAGGAAGCUAGAUUGCUCGACCUCCUACAAGCACAUGGUCAACAGUUUCUAAACUCCUUCGAUCUCAGCCAACACCCUAGGAAGAGACAGAGACUAGAAGAGUCCCCAAAGGAACCUGAGAACGAGGAUUUUGAGGAGUGGGGAGGCUUCAGCAAUACAACUGUUUCAACUUACCCAUCCGAAGAAAAUAACGACGAUGAUACUCCCUGUGAAUACGAUGACGGCUUUACCGCCAGUUCCUCUACCAAGAUACCAGAUGUAGUGGUGUUCUCAGACUCGAGGCAAAAGUCUUCAGAACAGUUCUCGAAAGCACAGAAAAAAGCUUUCAUGGCAAGUCUCAUGUAUUACCACCUUUGUGUACUGAUACAGGAGGCCCCACAUCGAGACGAGGAUGACACACAAAAUGACGAGGAUAUCUCAAAUGCUCAGAACGACGCUCUCCUCCAUCGCUUGGUUCACACGAAAUUGCUGUCUGGGUCUUUGAACCCUGCACUCAACUUGACGCAUGCAGAACGAGAUAAAGCACUGUCCGGUCGUGUCUUGGAACUUGCAGGGAAGGCCAAGCUUGGCAAGGGAGAAGUUUCUAUUCGCGCUGCGGAACGAAAUAAGGCUUCCAAGCGAGUGCGAGAAGGACUGUUAAGGAAGAAGGGCGAGCGAGAGAAGCAACAGCUGGAGGAGGCCAAAAACCUGGGAAACUACCAUCCUACUCUCAAGAGAUUGUUUGAUGCAUCAUCUGGGUCAUCAGACCGUCAAAAACGAGUCAGGGGUCUCGGGAUGGGAGUGGGCAAGUUUAAUGGGGGAACGCUGAAGCUUAGUAAAGAAGAAAUAAAUUCGGUGACCGGUCGUGGGGUGCAUGGCGCUGCCAAACACAAGCACAAUACAAGUCGUGGUCGGAGAUAAUGUCAGUGGUAGCAUUACAAUAAUUAUCUAUCAUGCACAGCAGACGUGCUCCCCAAUGAAAUUCUCAAAUUUGGAGGGAUUGCAUCCCAUCAGCGAUCUCCUCGAUGGGGU